UUGAAUUAUUUUUAACAAUAUAUCAGAGUAAACUAAUGAAGUUGGACUUAUUACGGCUCGGAGGCGUGGCAGUGUUAUUGACAUGCAGUUUUGGAAUUAUAGUUUUAUGGGUUUAUACAGAUUUAGUGAAGUAUGGACGGGAAUGGAUCCGGUUCAGGCCCGGUCGGCUGCUAUUGAGAAAUACGCUAGUCACUGAAGAUAAGAAUAUUUCAGAUCCAAUCAAUACUUCCCUUCCAAGUUUACCUGCUUCCGCAUUGCCAAUUUUACAAAAUGAAGUUCAAUCAAAAUACAUGAUGCCUACGAAAGACUACUUGACGAGUCUGAGAUUUAUUAAAAAUCAAGCCAUGACACAUGUUGACUGUGACGCUAUAAUGAGGGGCGAUAAGACAGCAAUAAAAGUUGCUGGAACCGAAAGAGAAAUACUUUAUUCUGAGAAAAAUGGCACACGGAAAAAUAUGCUGUUGAAUUCAGAUCAAACGGUUGCUAGUCGGGCGGACAAUUGUACUUUAUAUGUGAAAUCACGAAAGUAUAUAACAUCUCCACUGACGUUAGAAGAAGCGGAAUAUCCAAUUGCAUACAUCAUCAGCAUUUAUAAAAAUAUUCAAUCAUUUGAACAUUUGUUGCGGACAAUUUACCAGCCUCAAAAUAUUUAUUGUAUUCAUAUUGAUCAAAAAGCAUUGGCUGAGUUUCAAACUCGAGUCAUGAAAAUUAUAAGAUGUUUUAACAACGUGUUCUUGGCGCAACACAUGACGAGAAUUUGGUACGGUCACUGGACAAUUGUACAAGCUAGUCUUUACUGCAUGGAAGAUCUUAUCAAACGGAAAAACGAUUAUCGGUGGCAUUACGUAAUCAAUACAUGCGGACAAGAUUACCCAACAAAAACUAAUCUUGAAAUUAUCCGAGCGUUGAAAACUUUAGAUGGAUUAAAUAGUGUACCAUCGCGUACCAUUAAGAUCACAGAGGAAAAAUACAGAAGAUUUCAGUUUGUGUACAAUCAUUCAAUGAAUAUUGAUAUCGACCAUGGAGGAUUAUAUAAAACAGAUGUUAAAAAGGAACCUCCGCCUCACAACAUUCAACCGUUUACUGGAAAAGAUUAUUUUGUAUUCAAAAGAGAAGCUGUUGAAUUUUUAUUAACAGAUCAAAGAGUUUUGGAUUUCCUUGAAUGGGCAAAAGAUACAAAAAUACCGGACGAAACAGUUUGGGCAACAUUGCAACGAAUGUAUCCACGAGUACCCGGUAGUACACCACCUGAUAAAAAAUAUGACACUUACAGUGGGAAUACCCUCUCUAGAACACAACAAUGGCAAGGUCCCUCAACGAUAUGCGGCGGAAAAUUUCUACGUAGAAUAUGUGUUUAUGGAUGUGCUGAUUUGAACGGAAUUAUUGAGAAGAAACCACUGUUUGCUAAUAAAUUUGCUACAGAUGUCGAUAUAUUUGCAAUGAAUUGUUUGGCUGAAUGGAUUCGUAAUAGGACAAUUGAUUAACAUCGAAUAUUUAUAACAAUUAAAACCUAAUUAAUAUAGUUUAUCAAUGUUUAGCAUAGCAGCGUAAUUU